AGAAUCAGAAUGCUGAGUGUUCCAGGAAAGAAGGGGACAUUUACUUAAGGUCUUGGGGGAAAGACUCCUGGAAGCAAUUCAGUAAGAUUUAAUUGGCGGUUAUUUCACCAAACGUUAACUGUGUGGAUUGAGACAAGAUUAAGAAGCAGGAGCACCAUCUGGACCACAUCUGAACAAUGGAGACAGAUCUAGCAAAAACAUCAGAGAAAAGGCAAGUCGUUUUUCUUACUAUAUUGUUGCUUUUGUGGGAGGCUGACUGUAAGACAAUUAGAUAUUCCAUGCCAGAAGAAACAGAGACUGGAUACUUAGUGGCUAAUCUGGCAAAAGAUCUGGGGCUCAGGGUGGAGGAACUGGCCACCAGAGGGGUGAAAAUCUAUCACAGUGGAUACAAAGAGCUCUUACAGCUGGAUUCAGAGACCGGGAAUUUGUUUCUGAAGGAAAAGGCAGACCGCGAGGAGCUGUGUGGGGCGACAGAACCCUGUGUGCUGCACUUCCAGCUCAUACUGGAAAACCCUGUGCAGUUCUUCCAAACUGACCUGCAGCUCACAGACAUAAAUGACCAUUCUCCAGAGUUCCCCCAAAGGGAAAUGCUCCUAAAAAUUCAAGAAAGUGCCCAGCCAGGGACUGUGUUUCUUCUGAAGGCGGCUCAGGACCCUGACAUAGGCAGCAAUGCUGUUCAGAACUACACAGUCAGCCCCAACCUCCACUUCCAUGUCCUUACUCCCAGUGGUGCUGAUGGCAGGAAAUACCCAGAGCUGGUGCUGGAGAGAGCCCUGGACAGGGAGGAGCAGCCUGAGCUCACUUUAACCCUCACUGCUGUGGAUGGAGGGUCUCCUCCCAGGUCUGGGACCACCACAGUUCGCGUUGAGGUCUUGGACAUUAAUGAUAAUGCUCCCCAGUUUGUACAGUCGCUCUAUGAAGUUCAGAUCCCUGAGAACAGCCCCCUUGAUGCCUUAGUAUUGACGGUCUCUGCCAGGGAUUUAGAUGCUGGAAUACAUGGGAAAGUAGCCUACUCUCUGUUUCAAGGUGGUGAAGUUUCUCAACCAUUUGUAAUAGACCAAGUUACAGGAGAAAUUCGUCUUAAAAGGGUAUUGGAUUUUGAGGAAACUCAGUAUUAUACCAUGGAAAUUGUAGCGGCAGACAGUGGAGGUCUUUCAGGAAAAUGCAGUGUAGCUAUACUGGUGCUGGAUGUGAAUGACAACGUCCCUAAACUCACCAUAUCUUCGCUCACUAGUUCCAUCCCAGAAAACGCUCCUGAGGUUGUAGUGGCUGUUUUCCUUGUUUCUGACCCAGAUUCUGGGGACAAUGGAAGAAUGGUGUGUUCUAUUCCGAACGAUCUCCCAUUUCUCUUAAAACCCACUUUCAAGAACUAUUACACUUUAGUGACAGAGGGGCCACUGGACAGAGAGAGCAAAUCUGAGUACAACAUCACCAUCACAGUCAGCGACAUGGGCACACCCAGGCUCACAACCCAGCACACCAUAACAGUGCAGGUGUCUGACGUCAACGACAACGCCCCCGCCUUCACACAAAGCUCCUACACCCUGUUUGUCCACGAGAACAACAGUCCUGCCCUGCACAUAGGCACCAUCAGAGCCACAGACUCAGACUCGGGCUCCAAUGCCCACAUCACCUACUCGCUGCUGCCCACGCACGACCCGCAGCUGGACCUCUCCUCGCUCAUCUCCAUCAAUGCCGACAACGGGCAGCUGUUCGCGCUCAGGGCGCUGGACUAUGAGGCUCUGCAAACCUUCGAGUUCCGCGUGGGCGCCACAGACCAAGGCUCGCCCACGCUAAGCAGCGAGGCGCUGGUGCGCGUGCUGGUGCUGGACGCCAACGACAAUGCGCCCUUCGUGCUCUACCCGCUGCAGAACGCCUCUGCGCCCUACACAGAGCUGCUGCCCAGAGCAGCAGAGUCAGGCUACCUGGUCACCAAGGUGGUGGCGGUGGAUCGCGACUCCGGCCAAAACGCCUGGCUGUCGUUCCAGCUACUCAAGGCCACGGAGCCUGGACUGUUCAGCGUGUGGGCUCACAAUGGCGAGGUGCGCACCUCCAGGCUACUGAGUGAGCGCGAUGCGCCCAAGCACAGGCUGCUGCUGCAGGUCAAGGACAAUGGCGAUCCCCCGCGGUCUGCCAGUGUCACUCUGCAGGUGCUUGUGGUGGAUGGCUUCUCUCAGCCCUUCCUGCCUCUGCCAGAGGUGGCGCGCGACCCCGCGCAGGAUAAUGACUUGCUCACACUCUAUUUGGUUAUUGCCUUGGCAUCUGUGUCUUCGCUCUUUCUCUUGUCUGUGCUGCUGUUUGUGGGGGUGAGGCUGUGCAGGAGGGCCAGGGCAUCCUCGCUGAGUGGCUGCUCUGUGCCUGAAGGACACUUUCCUGGACACCUGGUUGAUGUCAGCGGCAUGGGAACCCUGUCCCAGGAUUAUCAAUAUGAGGUAUGUCUGGCUGGAGACUCGGGGACCACAGAUUUCAAAUUCUUCAACCCCAUUAUUCCCAAUGGUCUGUUUCAGAACCCUUAGCUCACGUUCAGUAUCCGAGAGACCUAGGGUUCUAUAAACCAAUCCGAAUUUGUUGCUUGGUUGUUGAUAUUUUCCUUUGCGUUCAGUAAUCUUUGAGACAAUAUGUUUCUACGUUGAUUUUAUCCCUUUUUUAAACGGAAUGUUUUUUUUCUUUUGUGAGCCUUAAUGCACUUUUUCCUUCACUAAUUUGGGAGGGGGGUAUAUAACUCUGUUGCGUUUCUCUCGUCAUUUCAAAUAGUUUUCUUAGGAACUCAUUUCUUCCUCUUCAUUAUAACCAGCAUGGAUUUCUGCAACACCCACUUCAAAUGGUGUCUUGUUGAGGCUAUGCAUAUAACUUGCUGUGUAUCAUUCAUUUUGACUUUCACUUCUCUCCAGCUUGGUAAGUUUUCAGUGUUCAGCACCCAUUGUGACACUUUCAGAGGUACACACACCACACCUUGAUACCGUUCACUCAUCACAGUCCUUAAUCCUCUGAUUUCCUCCCCAUGACAACCUUAAGUGCCCCAUUUUGGUUCCACCUACUUCUUGUCUUUUAGAGGGUGACCACUUAGCUUAAAAGAUCUGUCGCUCCAUGUCCCCCCCAAUGACAUUUUUGUUCUUGAUUCCUGAAUAAAAUAACGCAAUCGUGCAUGUAUGUGUUUCCCUCACCCACACUUCUGCACACAGCGUUGUGCACAGCUAAUGAAGGGUGAGCAUGAGAUACAGUCAUCUGUCACAGUUUUCCAUGUUUUGUACAUAAAUGAAAUGAGUAUGUUGUUCAAUUUGUCAUCUUUACUGACAAUCACAGUUACUAUUUCAAGACACUGUUUGCUUAAAUAUGGCCAAAAUGGCUUCUAAAGUGUACCAGAAAUAACGUUGCUUGACCUAAGCCAUUGCUAGUGACUGAAUGUUCUUUCACCUUGCAUGAGAAGAGAUUUAGUGAGCCUUGUGUUUGGAUGAUAAGCUGAUUUAUAAAAGCUGUAUAAACAUGAGUGCCCAUUAAACUUUCCACAAACUAUGCAGAUGAAUGGAUUUUAAGUGUUUUUAGUCUUUUUAUCAUUAAUACUUACUUGCCAUAAAUAAGGUGACUCGGGGGAACUAUUAUCAUUGCGUCCUAUCAAUGAGUUCUUCCUUUCUAUUUCCAUCUGUCAUGAUGUAGGAUUGUUGGGAAUGAAAUCUUCCAAUCCACACCAGUAUCCUUCCUACAACAUUUUAACUGAAGAAUAUACAAAUAUAGGAAUUUAUAAUAGGAAAAAACACAUCACUGGGGAAUUUUAGUUUUUCUAAAACUAAAAAGAACAUGUGGAAGCAACCAAAACCCAGAAUAUGGCUAUUUUGAGUUAAAAAAAUUAUAAACUUUCACAUAACCAACCAUUUUUCUUGGUCAAAUUUAUUUAAAAAUUAUUUUUACUGUAUUACCAUCCAGAUAUAUCUAUCUAACAUUCAAGUGUCUUGUCUACAAGAAAAAUAAUAGAACUUAUAAAAACUUGAAAAUUGUUUUGGUAACUCUGGAGAGUCAAGAAUGGACACACAUAUGCCUGAUGGAGUCACUUUAUUCAGGCAUCGAGAAUGAAAAUGUCAUUUUGAUAGACAUGGAGCUGCAGAUCAUUUAAGCUAAAUGGUCACUCUCUAAAAGACAAAAAGUACAUGAAAGCAAAAUGGGUGAUUUAAGAGUUAUGGGAAAAAUACUGACAUAUUCUUAAUCACUAAUAAGUGCAGUUGUAUAAUCAUAACCACUCUUCAAUGCUUGCAAGAGUUGGGGAAUCACUUUCCAAGGAGGAAGCUCUCUAGCAUAAAAAAUUUAUAUAAAAAGCAUUGUGGUAUAAAUUCUGAAUAACUGGGAAAACAUCUUUUUGUCAAGCCUAAAUAUUUUGUAUGAAAAUUUUUGUCGGAUUUUUAUUCUUUCAUACAUAUCUUCAAUUUCUUGAAAAUUAUGCAAUUCAUGUGACAAUUAUUUUUGAGAGGUAUUAGUAUUAUAUAGAGUGUAUAUAUCACACUAGUGUGGGAAGGGCUCUAUGCUGAUAAUCUAUCUACAGCCUGAAGACAAAGAAGAUACUAUCAGUAGGGAUGCCCAUGUGUGUGAGUGUGUGUUUGUCUGAGUGUGCCUGUGUUUGUGUGUGUCCAAAGCCUGGGGCCCAUGGUGUACAAGGUGUGCCUUCAAUCACUGAUCUGCAGCCCAAGCCCUAGAUCCUAUUAAAUUAAUAAUUUAAUCUGUGGAUGGACUAUAUUUAUAUGUAGAAAAUUUCCCAAGCUGAUAAGAUAACCUGGGCUGAAUUUGAAGUCAUAAAACAGUAAGUCUUGGUUCAAAGUUAUUUUUAUUUCUGGGCACUUAAAAAUCAUUUAGCCAUUUAUUUGAAUUGUUUUCCCAAACUACAGCUAUCACCUAUAUUUUGAGAUAGGUUCUUACUCAUUUCUCUGUGUAGCCUAGGCUUGCUUCCAACUCUGCUAACUGUUGUUGCACUUUGGGGGCAUUUUUCAAACUGCAAAUCUGAUAUCAGCAAAAGAGAUGACUUUGUUUAUCAAUUCUCCAGUAUUAAGGUUACUAUCAUUUAUGGACAAGUUGGUAUUAUUGAUAUUUCAGUGUUUGAAGAGGAAACAAAAUUAAACAAAAAUUGAGUUCUCUUACUGCUAAAUAACUUCAGUAGACAACAAAUAGUCUCAAAGAGCUCUUUUGGGUUUACUUUGAGUUGAGCUUUUAGUACAUCACACAAUGUCUCAUUCAAAACUAGUGCUCAGUUUGCUGUCGCUGGAUAAUAAACUUGAAACCAUUAGAAAAUCAAUGAAUUUUCUGAGG